AUGGAAAACUACACGUACAAUAGCCUCACUCUUCAGCUCGAGGGGUUAAAGGUCACCAAGACUAACAAGUUCCCGAUCUUUGUCUUUCUGCUUUUGAUCUACGUGUUCAUCUUAAUUGCCAACGUGGGCGUGGUGGUGUUGAUAUGGACGGAGAGGAGCCUGCACCAGCCGAUGUAUCUCCUCUUCUGCAGCCUGUCCAUCAACGAUGUCAUGGGAAACUCUCUCCUGGUUCCCCGGGUGCUCGCCGACAUCCUGGUGCCGCCCUCCAAGCGCCUCAUUCAUUAUUACGAGUGUCUGAUGCAGGCUUUCACCACACACAUGUUCGGCACCAACGCUCACACUGUGCUCAUGAUUAUGGCUUUUGACAGAUACGUGGCCAUUUGCAACCCCCUGCGUUACGCCACAAUAAUGACUGAUAAAAUGGUAAUGAAGCUGACAGUGUCUGCCUGGGGCGUGGCCUUUGUUCUGGUGGCGGUUCUGCUCAGCCUGACCAUACGUCUGAACCGGUGCAGGACACUGAUCACAAACCCGUACUGUGACAACGCCUCCCUGUUCAAGCUCUCCUGUGAGAACGUGUUCAUCAACAACAUCUACGGCCUCACCUUCACCGUCGUCCUGCUCUCGUCCUCCAUCGGCAGCAUCAUCCUGACCUACUCUAAAAUCACAGCGGCCUGUCUGACGAGUAAGAGCAAGUCACUGAACAGUAAAGCCUUAAAGACCUGCAGCACUCACCUGUGCCUGUACCUGAUCAUGCUGGCGAGCGGCUCGAUCCUCAUUACGCUGCAUCGCUUCCCCGAGUACGCCGAGUACAGGAAGAUCUCGGCCAUCCUCUUUAACGUGGUCCCUGGCAGCCUCAACCCCGUCAUCUAUGGCCUGCAGUCCCAGGAAAUACACAAGUGUCUGUCCAACAUAUUCCAGCUCAGGAAAGUGAAGCCAUGCUUUCUAUGUAAAUGA